CAUCUGUUUUGAUUUUUGUGUAGCCAUGAAAGUAAAAUUUUCUUCAAUAGUUUAAUUUAUUUAAUUUAAGAAAAGGAAACAGUACGAAAACGAAAAAUAUGUCUUCCCGCAAUCUGUCGGAGGUCUUUAAUAUAAUGCGUAAUAAUGCAUCAAAAAAUAGAAGCCUCUAUUCAGACGACAGAAACGGUACUGAUGCUGAACUUUUGUUGAAACGAUCCAUACAUGAUGCCGAAGAAGGCCUAGAACUAAGGGAUGAUUAUGGAGCUCAACCUGCAUGGAUAGACAAAUUGGAAGAGGCUCAAUAUACCAUGUCAAAGAUAAAACCCAAGUUAGACGAACUUGGUUCCCUGCAGGCGCGAUCUCUGCUACGACCAGCUUUCGAUGAAAGUCAAGAGGAUGAAGUGGAAAUGGAAAAGUUAAGCCAAGAGAUAGCCAAAUUGAUUACUUCAACACAUCGCCAUGUACAAUGCAUUCGCUAUAGUCUGGGUGAAGGUGGCAAAUUGCAACAACGGCUCACAGCCAAUGUGGUCACCUACAUUAUGCUAAGCCUCCAAGAGCUGACCUUGAAAUUCCGCUAUAGUCAAAAUUCUUAUUUAAAACAACUUAAUUCGCGCGAGGAACGUUCCCAAAAAUUCUUUGAUGACUUUGCCAAUGUACCCCCAGGAGGAGAACGAGACAAUUAUGUUGACUCAUUUGAUAAUUUCUUGCAACCAGCCUCCACAAAUCGCAGUAACUAUUUUCAAGAUGACGACGACGAUGAGGCCAAACAAAAUGAAUUAGAUCAACAUUUCCAAAGACCUAUGGCGAAUCGUAUGACCGAACAGCAACUGCUGCUAUUCGAAGAGGAAAAUACACGUUUAGCAUUGAAUCGUGAUGAGGAAGUUUCAAAAGUCGUCAAAAGUAUUUACGAUCUCAAUGACAUAUUCAAAGACUUGGGACAAAUGGUACAGGAACAAGGCACAGUCCUUGAUCGCAUAGACUAUUCCAUAGAACAAACACAGACAAGAGUCUCAGAGGGGGUUAGGCAACUACAAAAAGCCGAAAUGUAUCAAAGAAAGAAUCGUAAGAUGUGUGCAAUAUUGGUGCUGGCUGGUAUAACGCUAUUCCUUUUAAUCUUGCUUAUAAUUACUAAACUAUAGAAGUGGGUGAAAGACCCCCACUGGCAUAUCGUAUAAUAAAAAUUAAUAUUACAUGUGUCGUCCACUUCAGUUAUUUGUUUAAUUGUGUACUUGUAUUAAAAUCUUAAUUUAUAAAAAUAUAUAUAUAUACUUCAUAUUUAAAACUAAA